GCGUCCAUAGCAGUUAAAUACGGAACCAACUCCCCUCUCAUCCUUCCCUUCUAUCCAUCACGACCCAACUCUUCUUCUUCUUCUCUCUCUCUUUUUUCUUUCUUUCUUGCAUUAGCUUAUUAAACCAUUGGAAGCUCUUUUUUUAUACACAUAUAUUACCGGACUUCUUCUUGUUCUUGUCUAAAUUUCCUCAGCAGUUUCUCUCCCUUCAUUGGUUUGCACAUUCAACUGGAAAACAAACAGAUAGCAUAGCAAAGACUUCUGAUCAGGAGGAAUCGUCAUGGCAAACGACAAACUGCAAGUUCUUAAUGCACUUGACGUAGCCAAAACACAAUGGUAUCAUUUCACAGCAAUUAUCAUUGCUGGCAUGGGAUUCUUCACUGAUGCAUAUGAUCUCUUUUGCAUUUCCUUGGUGACUAAAUUGCUUGGUCGCAUAUAUUACCACAAGGAAGGUGCUGCUAACCCUGGUGAUCUUCCUUCUAAUGUAAAGGCUGCUGUUAAUGGUGUAGCGUUCUGCGGUACCCUUACAGGCCAGCUCUUUUUUGGCUGGCUAGGUGACAAGAUGGGACGAAAACGUGUGUAUGGCAUGACCCUUAUUCUCAUGGUUAUCUGUUCGGUUGCCUCUGGGCUUUCCUUAGGCCAUGACCCAAAAGCUGUUAUGGCUACCCUUUGCUUCUUUCGCUUCUGGCUUGGUUUUGGUAUUGGUGGUGACUAUCCUCUUUCUGCUACCAUCAUGUCCGAAUACGCUAACAAAAAAACUCGUGGUGCUUUUAUUGCUGCUGUUUUUGCCAUGCAAGGUUUUGGGAUUUUGGCUGGAGGGAUGGUUGCUAUUAUAGUUUCUGCAGCUUUUAAGGCUAAAUACCCUGCUCCAACUUAUGAGAUGGAUGCAAAUGGGUCAACCGUGCCAGAAGCUGAUUACGUUUGGAGGAUCAUUUUGAUGUUUGGGGCGCUCCCAGCUUUACUUACUUAUUACUGGCGCAUGAAGAUGCCUGAAACUGCUCGUUACACUGCCUUAGUCGCCAAGAAUGCAAAACAGGCUGCAGCAGAUAUGUCAAAAGUUCUUCAGGUUGACUUGGAAGCAGAACAGGAGAAGCUAGAACCAAAAAAAGGGAGUGAUUUUGGUUUGUUCACCAGAGAAUUUCUUCUUCGACAUGGGCUUCACUUGCUUGGUACCACAAGUACUUGGUUUUUGUUGGACAUUGCCUUCUACAGUCAGAACCUGUUUCAAAAGGACAUCUUUAGUGCCAUUGGUUGGAUUCCAAAGGCAAAAACCAUGAACGCUCUUGAAGAAGUUCAUAAAAUUGCAAGAGCGCAAACUCUCAUUGCGCUAUGCAGCACUGUUCCUGGAUAUUGGUUCACUGUGGCAUUGAUUGAUAAGAUGGGGAGAUUCAAAAUUCAAUUGAUGGGCUUCUUCUUCAUGACUGUGUUCAUGUUUGCCUUGGCAAUUCCAUACCAUCACUGGACUCUACCAGACAACAGAAUUGGGUUCGUUAUUAUGUACUCCUUAACCUUCUUCUUUGCAAAUUUCGGUCCAAAUGCCACUACAUUUGUAGUCCCCGCUGAAAUUUUCCCUGCAAGGUUAAGAUCAACAUGCCAUGGAAUAUCAGCUGCAUCAGGUAAGGCAGGGGCAAUGGUGGGUGCAUUUGGCUUUUUGUAUGCUGCAGACAGUAUUGGAGUGAAGAAAUCACUUAUAAUUCUGGGCUUCAUUAACUUGCUGGGGAUGUUGUUCACAUUUUUGGUACCCGAAUCAAAAGGGAAGUCACUGGAAGAAAUAUCUGGGGAAGCUGAGCAAGAAAAUGGGACAGAAACACAACCUGGGCAGCAGGAUAGUAAUGGUGUCCAAAGUGUACCAGUUUAAUUAAGCUUUGUAAUGUUUUAUUAAUUACUAUGAAUCUUCGAAGUCACAUUAGGGAGUGUAUUUAUGUGUCUUAUAUAUUGGAGCUUUGGAUGCUGUUUGCACUUCCUGCAUAAUAAUAUAAGAUUCUUAUAUACACUAUUGAAUGUAAACAUCUCUGGAAUACCAUUUUUAAUA